GUCGGAAUAAUACCAACUGUAAACAAAUGCGUGGUUCGGUCACACCGGGCGCGUGAACUUCUUUUUUUAAAAAGAAACUAGCAUUUAAAAGAAACCGCUAGAUCUUUUGACAGCAGCCAUGUCGGAAAAUUGGACUCUGGAUCUCCUCGGGCUGCAGACAGACGAGCAGAAUUUCUCACCAGGGAUCCAACCAACUGUGCGACAGCCGAUCAUUGAUUGUUCAGGCUCUCUAGGCAUCGUCUAAGCCGCUAAUCCCAACUGUCACCUCGUUAAGAAGUCUUUCAGUAUCGUUCAAAGGAGGAUUUCUACUGCUGCAUUGUUUUCAGUGCUCCGGUUUAAACGCUCACACAGAGCAUCAUCAUGUCUGAGUGUGCUGGAGAUGGAUGGAUUAUGUAACUGUAUAUAUACAUCGACUAAACCCCACUGCAGCACCAGAGAGGAAGACAGGGAGACACGCAAAGAGAGAGAACCAGUCCUCCCUUCAUCUAUUUUUACCUCCUCGGAUGUCAAUCGUCAGCAUCGUUGCCAGGGAGAUCUUGGACUCCCGGGGAAACCCCACUGUGGAAGUGGACCUUCGCACAGAGAAAGGUCUGUUCAGGGCUGCAGUGCCCAGCGGAGCAUCCACAGGGAUCUACGAGGCUCUGGAGCUCCGAGAUGGAGACAAGAGCCGCUACAAGGGCAAAGGUGUUUUGAAGGCAGUCGGCCACAUCAAUGAUACUCUGGGUCCCGCCCUCAUAGCCUCUGGCAUCAGCGUGGUGGAGCAGGAGCAGUUGGACAACCUGAUGAUCGAGAUGGACGGCACAGAAAACAAAUCUCAGUUUGGAGCCAACGCCAUCCUCGGAGUGUCUCUAGCCAUCUGCAAGGCCGGUGCAGCAGAGACAGAAGUCCCCCUGUACCGUCACAUAGCUGACCUGGCCGGAAAUAUAGAGCUGGUGCUGCCGGUUCCUGCAUUUAAUGUGAUAAACGGAGGUUCCCAUGCAGGAAACAAACUGGCCAUGCAGGAGUUCAUGGUUCUUCCUGUUGGAGCCGAGUCUUUCAAGGAGGCGUUGAGGAUAGGAGCGGAGCUGUACCACACACUGAAGGGGGUGAUCCAGGAGAAAUACGGCCAGGAUGCUACCAAUGUGGGAGACGAGGGAGGAUUUGCUCCCAACAUCCUGGAGAACAGUGAAGCUCUGGACCUGCUGCAGACGGCCAUAGAGAAGGCCGGCUUCACGGACAAGGUGGUGGUCGGGAUGGACGUCGCCGCGUCAGAGUUUUACCGCGAGGGCAAAUACGACCUGGACUUCAAAUCUCCACCAGAUUCAGAGAGACACAUCUCUGCAGAGGAGCUGGCUGAUAUCUACCAGGGCUUUGUCAACAACUACCCAGUGGUGUCCAUCGAGGACCCGUUCGACCAGGAUGACUGGGAGGCCUGGUCUCGUCUUACGGCCCAGGUGGGGAUCCAGGUUGUCGGGGACGACCUGACGGUGACCAACCCUAAGAGGAUAGAGAAAGCUGCUGAGGAGCGAGCCUGCAACUGCCUGCUGCUCAAAGUCAACCAGAUCGGCUCCGUCACUGAGGCCAUACAGGCGUGUAAACUGGCUCAGGCGAACGGUUGGGGUGUGAUGGUCAGCCAUCGUUCAGGAGAGACGGAGGACACCUUCAUCGCUGACCUGGUGGUGGGACUCUGCACUGGACAGAUUAAGACUGGCGCCCCCUGCAGAUCUGAGAGGCUGGCCAAAUACAACCAACUCAUGAGGAUUGAGGAGGAGUUGGGAGACCAGGCUCGCUUUGCAGGUCAUAACUUCAGGAACCCCAGCGCCCUGUGAAACUGACAGACAGACGAAUGAUUUACACACUGACACAAACACACACACACAAACUGACAGACACGACAAACAAUGAAGCGAGCCAUGUACAAUGAAAGAUCACGCAGAAAAACACGACACGAGCAAAAAAAAAAGAAAGAAAUAAUUUAUGCACUUAUAGGGAGGUGAUGCUGUAUGCACACACACACACACACACACACACACACACAGAGUAUGCAGAUGCAACACGCGCUCAUGCACACGCAGAGGAAUACUAUAAAAAUAUCUAAUUUCUAAGCCAGACAUGCACUGUUACUGUAGUUUUAAAGGAAUAGUUCAUGUACAGCCAGAGGGCGGACCUGCAAAAAUAAAGUUGUAAAAAAAACAAACCCAGAGAGAUAAAUAAGUAGAGAUAUAAUAGAAUAAUGUAGACUGAAGCACGCAACUGAAAGAGAUGAAAAAAAACAUUUUCAAACACCAAAAGAGGACGAUGCACUCGCAGAAAGAAACACAAAAUAACAGUUUCAGGGACUGAGUGAUAAAAAU